AUGGAUUAUGCGGAUGCAGCAGCGGCCGCGGCAGCGACGGCAGCGGAGCGGGCAGGGCCGAGCUUGCUCUCACUCACCGCGUCGCGUGACGCUGCCCGGGCGCGCUGGGCAGGCGGGGGUGUGCUCGCCGGGACGGCGCGGCCGCGACUGGGCCAGGCGGCCGCCACGCGCUGCAGGCCGUCCCGCGCCGCACAGCACAGCACAGCACGCCGGCGCCGCCGCGGCACGAGCCCGGCCCGCCUCACAGGCUGCCUCGCCCACGCCUCUCGCCACCUCUCGCCGCCCAAGCCUCCGACAGCAAUGCGGACGGCGACGGUAGCUCUCUCCGUUGCUAGGCAACCCCCACUACAGCCAGCAGUACCGCCGUGCGUCUCAACUCGAGCAGCAGAGUUGAAGCGGAGGUUGUGGCGUUACGUACGCUUCGAUUCAAUAGAGUAA